AUGGCUUCUCCACAACAAAUCAAAAACUUACAAAACACUUUUGAAAGAGCUACUUUAGGUUCUCCAAAUGCUGUGUCAACUUCUCCAUCACAAUCAUUUCUUCAACAACAAUUUCAACGUCCAAGAUCAGUUUCUCAAUCUCAAUCAAAAUCUUUAAAACCUUUCAACACUGGUGAUAUCAAAAUCUUAUUAUUAGAAAAUGUUAAUCAAACUGCUAUUGAUAUUUUCAAUGGUCAAGGUUAUCAAGUUGAAUUUUAUAAAGGUUCAUUACCAGAAGAUGAAUUAAUUGAAAAAAUUAAACAUGUACAUGCUAUUGGUAUUAGAUCUAAAACAAAAUUAACUCAAAAAGUUCUUGAACAUGCUCAAAAUUUAGUUGUCAUUGGUUGUUUCUGUAUUGGUACUAAUCAAGUUGAUUUAAAUUUUGCUGCUCAAAAAGGUGUUGCAGUUUUCAAUUCACCUUUCUCAAAUUCAAGAUCUGUUGCUGAAUUAGUUAUUGCUGAAAUCAUUACUUUAGCAAGACAAUUAGGUGAUCGUUCAAUUGAAUUACAUACUGGUACUUGGAAUAAAGUUAGUGCUAAAUGUUGGGAAGUUAGAGGUAAAACUUUAGGUAUUAUUGGUUAUGGUCAUAUUGGUGCUCAAUUAUCAGUUUUAGCUGAAGCUUUAGGUAUGAAUGUUCUUUACUAUGAUGUUGUUAUGAUUAUGGCUUUAGGUAAUUCAAGACAAGUUCCAACUUUAGAUGAUUUAUUAUCAAAAGCUGAUUUUAUUACUUUACAUGUUCCAGAAACUUCAGAAACUAAAAACUUAUUAUCAGCUCCACAGUUUGCUGCUAUGAAAGAUGGUGCUUAUGUCAUCAAUGCUUCAAGAGGUACUGUUGUUGAUAUUCCAGCUUUAAUCGCUGCCAUGAAAUCUGGUAAAAUUGCAGGUGCUGCUUUAGAUGUUUAUCCAAAUGAACCAGCUAAAAAUGGUGCUGGAUUAUUCAGUAAUGAUUUAAACUCUUGGGCUUCAGAAUUAACUUCAUUAAGAAACUUAAUUUUAACUCCUCAUAUUGGUGGUUCAACUGAAGAAGCUCAAUCAGCAAUUGGUGUUGAAGUUGGUACCGCAUUAACUAAAUAUAUUAAUGAAGGUGUUUCAGUUGGUUCAGUUAAUUUCCCAGAAGUUGCAUUAAGAGCUAUUGAUUAUGAUCAAGAAAAUUCAGUUAGAGUUUUAUAUAUCCAUCAAAAUGUUCCAGGUGUUUUGAAAACUGUUAAUAAUAUUUUGGGUGAACAUAACAUUGAAAAACAAUAUUCAGAUUCUCAAGGUGAUGUUGCUUAUUUGAUUGCUGAUAUUAGUGAUGUUGAUCAAGGUAAAUUGAAUUCAUUAUAUGAACAAUUGGAAAGUACUCCAUACAAAAUUGCCAUUAGAUUGUUGUAUUAA